AUGGCUACUAAGAUACUCAGAAUGCUUGAGGGACACGAACGGAUUGUUCCCCUUGAUGCAGAGAGACCUCCUCAUCGAUAUUGCAAGAGGCAAGUGUCAUUCGGAAGUGCUGAAGAGCAGCUUUCCCCAAAUGCAGAGAGAUUCAAAACAGUGCACACUACAGAUUUCGAAUUAACAGAGCAUGCAGACAAUGGACAACAAGAUUAUCUGUUGAGUACUGAACACAAUGUGGCCACCAAGCCUCAGCAGACAAUCCUGGAAGGGCCCCCAAGUCUGGAAGUCACUAUUAACAUGCCAGAGAAUAAGUCCUCGUCUAUUACAGGCUGGAGGCAAUCUGAUGACCCUUUGCCAGGUGAUAAGUCCUUGUCUACACUAGGCUGGAGGCACCCUGAUGAACUAUUACAUACAAGUAACGUAGAACAAAGGCAUGUACCUGUACUAGUGCAUAUUGUUAGACCAAUGCACACUAUAGAGUAG